AUGGCUGGAAACAUAUUUAGGCAGCCUAGAGCGUUGCAGGCCUCAAACGCUAUCUUACAGGGCAAUCUUUCUUUGACUCCAUCUAAACUCUUUGUUGGAGGUCUUUCACCAACCACUGAUGUAGAUGUCUUGCAAGAAGUCUUUGGCAAAUUUGGAAAAAUUGUUAAUGGUAGCCAGCAGCUGAAUCAUUUUUCCAUUGCGGUAGUGGUUUCGGACCGUGAAACUGGUGUAUCGAGGGGAUUUGGUUACGUAACAUAUGAUUCCAUCGAUGCUGCUAAUAAAGCAAUUCAAUAUAUGAAUGAACAGGAACUUGAUGGGCGAAUAAUUGGAGUGAGCCAAGCUGAUUCAGGAGGCGGUGGUGGUAGAAGAGGAGGUUAUGGUGGUGGUCGUGGUCGUGAUGGAUUCGGCCGUGGUGGCUUCGGCCGUGGUGGCUUCGGCCGUGGUGGCUUCGGCCGUGGUGGCUAUAGCUUUGUUCGUUAA